AUGUUCCCCGAUGAGCUCAAGGGACUGACGCCGGUCGAAGAGAAGCUCAUCUCGCUGAACUCAUGUUACGGCUUUGUCACGAGAUAUAGCAUUCCGGGCGGGCAGAGGCAGAGCCACUGGACGAGAUCCACAUCUCGUGGCGCGGAGAAGCCGGCACCGAGCGACCUGUCGAGUCUCUUGUCGGUGAGGUGGCGGGUGGUUGAGAGGGCCUUUGUCUGGCUGAAGAGGAACAACCCCCACUACGCUGAGAUUGAGAUCGACGCGGCGGAGAUGGAGAGCUGGGGAGACUCGAUACACGGGGUACCGUCGUCGGUGUGCGAUCGUAUGGAGCGGAACGAGCCGUCUGGGUGGGAGAAAGCGCGGACGGCGCACGUUGUGCCGCCCACGGAACGCGCCAUGGACGAGGAGGGGCCGGUGGAGAUCGAGGAGCUCUUCGCCCUGCUCAACCAAGGACAAGAAGCCGGCGGCCAGGGUGAAGGUCACGGGCCCAACGGAGAAGGCGCGGUUCGCGAUGGAAGUGACGCCUGCCCCGACCAGAACGUUCCAGCGAUCAACGAGGUGACGUCUUCUGGCAUGUUCGCGCUCGACGGACCGCCAGACGUCGCGGACGUGGAGAAGCUGCAGUUUGCCUGUGACGCUGUUGGUGAAGGUGCCGACGACGGCCGUGCGGGCCCGGCGUGGGUCGGGUCCCUAGCCGGGGGGGUUCGGGGGCGUGGCGACGGUGGUUGUGAGCCAUACAUCCGGGUUUCGCGGGGGGGUGAGUUUACCGAUUCCUUUGAGGCGUCCUUCCUUGCCAGGACGUUCCCGACCCUGUUCCCAUUUGGCGUUGGGGGACCAAGGGCUGUCGAGGCAGAGGCGGCCGCGGGUCGAAGCUUGAACCUUCAGGCGUGGGCCGAGAUCGUGCUCCGGCGCCAUGGUGGUCGAUUUGCACUGCACCACAUCUUCGCAUUUCUCGUCUUCAACAUGGGGCUAGCGGCGGCGAGGGUCGAGUUGGAGAGCUCGGGUAAGACGACCGAUGGUGACGUGAAGGAGCUUCUCAGGAGCCUCUCGCUUUACGGCCACCGGCAGCCCAUGUCGAGAGAGGUCCGUCUCAAUAUGCGGCGGAAAAUCCAGUCGCUCAUCGUCGGCUAUGGCGUGCCGGCCAUCUGGUUCACCAUCAACCCGAACGACAUUACGAACCCGGUGAAGCUGCGACUGGCGGCAUACCGCACACGCGAUCCCGACGCGGCCGAGGAGUUCUUAGAAGGCCUUGGGGAUGCGUAUAAGCGGGCGCGGCUGGCGAUAUCGGAUCCCAUGAGCUCGGCCGUGUUCUUCCACCGCGAGAUGAAGCUGUUCUUCGAUCAUUACGUGAAGCGUCUUCUCAGAGGAUCUGGACCAGGAAAGUUUUGCGCCGUGCAAGCGGAGCGAUCUGUGACGGGCGGUAUUGGUUUCCUGCUGGACAACGCCGCGCAGUUCUCGGCCGCGUUUAUCGAGGAGGCCAACUUCUGUGCCGGCGCGACGCAGGUGCACACGCAUAGCCCGACCUGUGUGAAGUAUUCCUUGGGCAAAGGAGGGCGGAAAAGGGAUCUCUGCCGGUUCAAGGCGCCAUGGAGGUUAGUCGACAAGACCGCCCUCACGGCAGACGGGGUGCUGCAGAUCCGGAGGACACACAGCAUGGUCAAUCGAUGGAACGAGGCUAUUGCUGUCGGGCUCCGGCACAACCAUGAUAUUUCCUUCAUUGCGACGCAGCGCAAGACCAUGGCCCUCAUCUAUUAUGUCACGAACUACGCGACCAAGGUGGAGGACCCGGUGUGGAAGCGUGUGGCGGCCGCGGCCGAGCUCCUGGCCGCCUCAACAGGUGAUGGCACGGCCAACGGAGGGCGGGACGGUGGCGGAGACGCUGCCACCGAUGACCCUGUCGAGGUCGUCGCUCACCUUCUCGGAUAUCCGGCCGAGUUCACCGACAGCAGCGCGUGGACGUACCUGAACUGUUCUCUGCUGUACUGGGAAGUCUUUCGGCGAUGGCGGCAUCUCCGAGAAGCCAGUGGCGCUGCGGCUAUGGAUGACACCUUGGAUGAGUCGGUGCUCAGGCGGCCGGGCAAGCACGCUACCGUCUGCCUCGACGGCUACCUGAGCAAGGACUUCACCUACGAUGACGAGUCGUGCUACCGGAGGGCAGCCGUGCAGCAUCUUGCGCUGUUCGUGCCGUGGGAGUCCUUCCUGGGCGAAGGAACAGGUGAGAUCAACAGCAUCUGGGCGCGGGCUCGAGACGCUCUGGCCCCGAGAAUAUCAUGUCUCGUCGACAACGUGCAGCUGCUUCGACGAUCCGCCGAAGACGCAAAACGCGACGCCAAGCAAUGGGCAGCCUCGUCCGGCGAUGGCGACCCGACGGUCGCACACGUCGAGGAGGGUGGAGCAGGCGAGGCGGGCGCGGAGUCUGCAGCGACAUAUCAGCCCAACAGCAUCGGAGACGCAACGCGGCUCAUCGACGUCGUCCGAGGUGCAGUGGGAGCGAAUCAGGUGACGGCCAAGUCGCCGGAGCUCAUGGCAAUGAUACAGCAGCUCUGGCGGGUAUUUUCCGGGGCCGCACUACCGCCGCAGGAUCAGGACAAGGCUAUCAAGUCGCAGCAGCGAUCGCCGCGCAGCGUUGCGAAGGGUGAUGACCGGUUUCGGGAGGACGAGGUCGAAAUGACGAUGGCCGACUCCGACGAGACCGCUAUCGACGCAGGGGCGGGAAUGGACGUUCAGUUUGGCCCAUCAACCUCCUUCCUCGCGGCGGGCAAGGUGUUGGCAACGCGGCUGACGCUGAACAAGAGGCAGUCCAUCGCUUUUCUGAUAAUAUGCCGCCAGCUCGAUUUGAUGCAGCAGACCGACGGGGCGAUGCCUGCCAGCUGCGCCAGUUCGUCGGCGGAGCGGUUCAUCCACGGCCAGUCUCGAAUGGAUUGGCAGGAGAAGGAUAUGCUCGUCAUCGACGAGGUGAGCAUGCUCGGGGCGCGGACGCUGCACGCCGUGAACGAGCGGCUUCGCCGGCUUCGCGGAUCGCGGCAAGAUUUCGGGGGGAUCCCCAUCGUCCUCUUCUGCGGAGAUUUUCAGCAGUUCCGGCCGGUCCAAGAGAGGUCGAUCGUCCUGCCUAGCGCGGCCAUCUCGUGGGACGUAGACAACUCGUUCAAGGCCGAGCAGCGUCACCAGCACGACAAAGCGCACGCACUGUGGAAGAGGUUCACGACGGUCGUCAUGCUGGACGAGCAGAUGCGCGCCGCCGGCGACCCGGAGCUGCAGAGGCUGCUGAAGCGGAUCCGUCUAGGCGUGCAGGAUCGGACGGAUCUAAACCUCCUCAACUCAAGGAAUCGGUGGAACCUGAACAUGGAGGCGAGCCUGGCGUUCCGGGUCCAGCAGCGGUCGACGAUGCGCAUUUUCAUCUCCGAGCACAAGUGGAAGGAGGAGCUGCCGACGGAGGAAGAGGCGAUCAUGAUACUCAACCAGGGCGACGAUAGCGCGAUCCCGGUGCCGGCCGUCUUCAUGUUCGUGGCCGGGAUGCCCAUCGUCGUGAACCACAACACCCACCAGGGGCUGAAGCUAGUGAACGGCGCGAGCUACUCGGCGGUGGAGGUCAUUGUCGACAAGGCGUACCGGGGCAUCGGAUCUCGGCCGAUAUGA